AUGCAACAAGACAUCGAGCAUCUGAAUGCUAUCAUUGCUACCAAAGAUGCCUGUCUGCUCAACUUCAGCAAGACGCUGCGAGACGCUGAACAGAGGGCAAGAGACGAGCGCGAGCAGCUGAAAGGCAGGAUCGGAGAGCUAGAGCGAGAGCUGGGAUCUGCACUGCAGAAACUGGCGAUGGCGGGGAGGCUGCAGGAGCCGAGCGAUCACAGCUCUAGGGCAGAGAGCAAGCACCUCGAGACAGCCUUGUACAGGAUGCAGGAAGAGAUGGCGGGGUUUCAACAAACGGCGAGCAAGGAGAUAAUGAACCUCAGGCGAGCUAUACAGGAAAGAGAAGAAACCAUCUACCAACUGAAGAUGGACCUGAUGAAAACGAACCGACUCCUAACAGUCAGCAAGGCGCAGAGGCACGAGCACUAUAUGGACACCAUCAACACCAACUUCGAGGCGGACAACGACGACGAGGACAGAGAGGGGGAGCCCGACGUGUCUUGGAAGGUAGCAGGCGUGCAAGCGAAAAUCCCCGGGGAAGAGUCAGACUCGGAGGCCCUCAAGUCAGCAAGAGAAGUCAUGACGACAUCCAUGUCAUCGUCUGGCACCUUCAACUCAAAACCGAUGUUCGAGCAUGGCGACAGGUUUGUAGAGGUAAACGGCAUCAAUGUUGAAGACUCCACUAUCGAGGAGAUCAAAAACAUCUUGCGCUCUUCGGAUCAAGCCAUACCAGUUAAAAUCAGAAAAUCGACAGGGCAGCUGGUGUCAAUCAAGGCGAGGUACCCAGACAAGAAGAAGCUUCAAUCCGACGACGCAGAUGCUGUAAACACACGAAGUCCAAGGGCAGGAGAGGACCAGACAGAGCGAUCCAACGUGACGUUGAAGGCCGACAUCAUUCCGCAAGAGCAAGUCGGAGAGCCCCAAGGCUCAAGGUUUGAAGCUCAAGGUUGCUGA